GGGGAGGGAGGGCGCCUUAAAAAAUAGACCGGAGCUGAGCAGAGGCGAACAGCAGUCGGGUUCACGUUGAGUUCGCAGGGACUUGUUAGAGGCAGGCGGGCGGGCGGGCGAGAGCCAAUAGCGGGGGGAGCCGAGCGUCUGUCCGUGCUACAUCCAGGCUGCCAACUUGCUCUAAUGCCCGGGCAGUUCCGCCAAGAGAGCCAGAGAGGAAAAUCAGUAUAACAAUGGCCAAUCAGAAACCCCCAGACGGCGGAUGGGGCUGGGUGAUCGUGGUCUCCUCCUUCUUCAUCCAAUUCCUCUCCUACGGUUCCCCGUUAGCUGUCGGCGUUCUCUACGUGGAAUGGCUGGACACUUUUGAGGAAGGCAAAGGAAAGACAGCGUGGAUUGGUUCCCUGGCCAGUGGAGUCGGGCUGCUUGCAAGCCCGUUGUGCAGUGCCAGCGUGUCUGCGUUUGGCGUCCGCCCAGUUGUCAUUUUCAGUGGAUUAUUGGUGGCCGGGGGGCUAAUACUGAGCAGCUUUGCACCCAGCCUGUAUUUUCUUUUUUUCUCCUAUGGCUGUAUGGUUGGCUUUGGCUGUGGAUUGUCAUACCCGGCCACAGUGACCUCUACCUGCCAGUAUUUUGACAAGCGGAGAGGACUUGCCCUUGGAAUCGUUUCAACAGGUGCGAGUAUCGGCACGUUCGUGUACGCCAGCCUGCAGAAGGUGCUGAUCGCCAUUUAUGGACUGGAUGGCUGCUUGCUCAUUAUCGGUGCCUUAUCCUUAAAUAUUUUAGCAUGUGGCAUCCUGAUGAGGCCACUCCCCCAAGCUUCCAGCCCCUCCCCAGAACAGACAAUAUUGGAUAAAACCGCAGAUACCUACCUCAUCUACCAUGAAAAUGAACCAGAUCCAGAUGAAGCUCAAGGGAUGCUGGGAAUCAUUUCAGGGUCAGAAACAGACAGAACUGACGAUCUAAGCAGCACCCAGAAUGGGUUGGUAGCGCCCAAACCUUCUGUAACCAGAGAGCGGGAGAAGAACUUCUGCAAGCAGAUCAUGAAGACCAACUACCAGCGCUACUUGACUUACUGGCUCGAGACCCUCGAGCUUUUUAGGAACAGAGUAUUUACGGCGCUUUUCUUCGCCAUCUUGCUCUUUGACAUCGGCGGAUUUCCUGCGGCUUUGCUUUUAGAAGAUGUUGCCAAGAGUGCAAACAUUCCAGAUACGUCCAUGGUCGUUCCUCUAGUGUCCAUCCUCGGGUUCUCCACCGCCAUGGGGAAACUCAUGUUGGGAAUCCUUGCGGAUUUCAAGUGGAUGAACACUUUGUAUUUGUACUGUUUCACUUUAGUGGCCACUGGGCUCACCUUGUUUGCCAUUCCGUACGCCAACACCUACGCUGUUCUAGCGUUACUGGCCGGCAUUAUAGGUUUUGCGUCCGGCAACUGGUCGAUAUUUCCCUAUGUAACGACCAAGACUGUCGGACUGGAUAAACUCACCCAUGCCUAUGGGAUCCUGAUGUUCUUUGCUGGACUUGGAAACUGCCUAGGACCCCCAUUAGUAGGUUGGUGCUUUGACGUGACGCAGACCUACAAACUCGCCUUCCUCCUCAGUGCAAUAUGCGUGAUUCUGGGGGGGCUGAUCCUGCUGAUAGUGUCCUUACCUCUGUGGGAUAAUUGCACCCCCAAAAGCCCCAAAGCACCUCCAAAAGGCUACAUUUAUACAGCAGCUUCAAAUGCUUAAGACUGUGCCGAUGUUUAAUGGAUUUAUUUAAGCGGGGUCUCUCCUCUGACGCUCAGUGAGGGAGUCACAGUGCAGCAGUCUCUCACAGCCCCCUUCACGUUUAGGAACAUCGAGCCUGCGGCCCUCCAGCUGCUAUUGAACUACAACUCUCAGCAUCUUCACUGGUCACUGUUGUCACGCUGCCCGAUCUCCUGGAGCCACUCAUUGCCAUUGGCUGUAGGUAUAGAUGUGUAAUGAGCGGCCAAAUGCCUGUGACUGUCAGACUCAUGGCCAAGGAUCCUGCAGGGCCAACGACUGGCCAAUGAGUCAUGUGAUAUUAGUUAAUUUGUACUUUUUUCUUAUUAGUGCAUUAUCUGAUGACAGUGCUAUUAUUGCAUCUGAAUAGAAAACCUGCAUAGAUGUAGCAAUGCUUUAUGUGCCACAUACACCAGGUAGGUGCACAUGGGGAGGGGCUAUAGCGCCCCAUAGUGACUGCCUGGUGUAAUUGCUGCCCAGUAGAUGGCAGCAGGGAUGUGCCCUAUGGGUACACUUGUGUUAUUGCUCCUGAGCACAGGAACACUCAGAAAAGUCUGAUACCCCUGAUCCAAGGGUUAAUGAAAUGCACCCAGUCUGCUAACCCAUAGCAACGAAUCGGCAGCUUCCAUUCACUCCUCACCUGUUGGGAAGCAAUAACCCGGCUGCUUUUAGACCUGGUUGUGACUUACCCUUCAAAGGAGAACUUAAGCUUAAUAAAGAAGUAAAGUAAACACUGGGCAAAUUUGCCUGUAGGCGGUAACACUUAGCAACCAAUCAAAUGUUUGUUUUUAUUGCUGGCUAAAAAGUUCUGCCCACUGACUGAUUGCUGGGGGUUAUUACCCAGGUGCAAAUUUGCCCAGUGUUAAUAAAUAACCCUUAUUAAGGGUUGUUAAGAUCUGUGCCCUCAAAAAUACCCCAGUAGCCCCCCAUUUUCUUUUGUGCUGAUUCCCUGCACAUACUCUGUGCUGCUGGCACUUACCUGAGCUUAGG